AUAAUAUAUGCUCUCAAAUGUCAGGUGUAGCUCAACCCAUUGAAAAUAUCUUAGAUACUAACAUAAAACUUGAAAUUGAGCAAAAUAGGAAAAUUCUUAUACAAAUUGUUGAUACAGUUUUUUUUUGUGGAAGGCUUGGCAUUGGAUUACGAGGUCAUCGUGACGAUGCUCAAUUUCACCCAGAGGUCGGUUGCUAUUCAGUCAAUGGCAAUGUUGGUAAUUUUGUUGAAUCUUUAAAUUUUAGAGUUAGAGCUGGUGAUCAAACUUUGGAAAAUCAUUUGCUCAAAUGUGGCAAGAAUAAAAGUUAUAUUUCCAAGACCAGCCAAAACAAAAUCAUCAACUGUAUUGGUCAGCUGCCAAUUUUAUCAACAUAUCACAGACACGCAACAUACCCUUUGCUGAGCACGUUAAAAAGUCAGAUGUUCAGACCAAGAAGGCAAAACUGGGAAAAACUAUUGAUGUUAUGGAUGGUUUUCAUUUGAUAACCACUUUGAAGAAUGAUGUAGCCAACAUGAGGAAAAGCAUUAAUUUUUAUCAUAACACUUGGUAUGAAGAGGCUUUAAAACUUGCUGAAGAGGUCAACGUUCAAGAAACAAAAAAGCGAAUUGCUGGAAGACAAACUAUGCGAUCUAAUCCCCCCAGUCAAUCAUUCAAAGAACAUUAUAAACUAACCAUCACUAUUCCUUUAUUAGACCAUCUUCAAACAUCUUUGAGAACUAGGUUUAACUUGGAUAGUGUUAAUGUGUACCGA